AUGCGUGUAGAAACCUGCCAUUUCUGCUCUCGCCCCGCCUUCCCGAGCAAGGGCAUCACAUUCGUCCGCAAUGACGCCCGACAAUUCAGAUUCUGCCGCUCAAAGUGCCACAAGAACUUCAAGAUGAAGCGUCAGCCUCGCAAAUUGAAGUGGACAAAGAGCCACCGUGCCGCCCGCGGAAAGGAGAUGAUCGUCGACUCAUCUCUCGUCUUGUCCCAGUUCGCCAAGAAGCGCAACGUCCCCGUCAAGUACGACCGCAACCUGGUGGCCGCCACCGUCCAGGCCAUGAAGCGUGUAGAGGAGAUCCGCCAGAAGCGCGAGCGUGUGUUUACCAAGCGUCGUCUUGCUGGAAAGGUUGCCCGCGACCGUCAACGCGAGUCAGACCGCAAGGUUGUUGCUACUGGCGAGCAUCUUAUCAGAAAGGAGCUGCGCGAGCGCGAAGAGGGCAAGCCUAUGGUUCUCGAUCAAACCAAGGUUGCCAACAGAGUUCACGGUACAGAGAUCUUGCGACAGAAGAAGACUCGGAUGUUGGUGGAUGGAACGACCGAAGAAAUGGAUGUCGACUAA